AUUGCUCGGUCCCCAACCAACUUCUCUUCCUUUUUAAUCUAUUUUGGUGGACUUCAUUUCUGCAACGGCCGCUUUCAUCACAUUCUGAAUCUGAUCAAUUCUCGGUUGUUGCGUCUCUCUUCAUCUCAAUAAACCUCCCUGCUCUCUCUUCUGCCUUGCAGCCAUGGCAGAUAUAUAUCCACACUAGUACUAUUUGAGUUUGAGGUUUGUUUUGUGUGCUAGUAUAAAAAAUGGGCCUCAAGUUCAUAUUCUCAGCAAUUCUGGUCUACUGCGCUGCUAUGCCGUCGCCUGCAACAACGGAGCCCGUUGACGACAAACGGGCUCUGCUUGAUUUCAUAGACAGCGUUAACCACUCACGGAAGCUGAAUUGGGAUAACACCACCUCUGCUUGCAGCACUUGGACUGGAAUCACCUGCAGCCGUGAUAAUUCAAGCGUCAUAGCCGUCCGAUUACCCGGCGUCGGACUCAAAGGCGUUAUCCCUUCCAACACGCUCACCCGUUUAUCUCACCUUCAAAUCCUGAGUUUGAGAUCCAACGGCCUCACGGGCUCUUUCCCUGCCGAUCUUCUGCAGCUUCCCGAUUUGAUCGGUCUUCAUCUCCAGAGCAACGCUUUUGAAGGCCCCCUGCCCUCGGAUUUGUCGCUCUGGAAGAAUCUGACGGCGUUGAAUUUAUCGGACAAUGAUUUCAACGGAAGCAUCCCGUCUUCGUUUCUGAAUUUGACUCAUCUCACUCUUUUGAAUCUCGCCAAUAACUCUCUAUCUGGAGAUGUUCCUGACAUCAAUCUCCCCAGCCUGCAGUUUCUCGACUUGUCCAACAACAAUCUCUCCGGACUCCUGCCUCGAUCACUCUCUCGAUUCCCGAGUUCAUCAUUCUCCGGCAACAACUUGUCCACUCCGCUUCAGACACCAUCUCCAUCUCCGUCUCCGUCUCCUCUGCCGCGGACGAGGCAUUCAUCCAAGUUUAGUGAGACUGCGGUGUUGGGAAUCAUCAUCGGCAGUUGCGUGCUGGCGUUUGUGUCGAUCGCCCUUCUGUUGAUCGUAACCAACAGAAAGGGAGACGACGAUGGUGAGAUCUUAACCACUGUAAAGAAAGAGAAGCCGGUGAAGAAGAUGACUCCCGAUGGGAAUAGCAAGCUUGUGUUUUUUGAAGGGAGCAAUCUUGCAUUCGACCUCGAGGAUCUGUUGAGGGCCUCUGCGGAGGUGCUCGGGAAGGGCACGUUUGGGACGACGUAUAAGGCGGCUUUGGAGGAUGCUACCAUCGUUGCGGUCAAGAGAUUGAAGGAGGUCGUCGUGGGGAGGAAGGAGUUCGAGCAGCAGAUGGAGAUGGCCGGAAGUAUCAAGCAUGAAAAUGUGGCUACUUUGAGAGCUUACUACUAUUCCAAAGAUGAAAAGCUUAUGGUUUACGACUAUUACAAUCAAGGCAGCGCCUCCUCGUUGCUACACGCGAGGAGAGGUGGCAACCGUGUUCCUCUAGACUGGGAGACACGCCUCAGGAUUGCAACGGGCGCAGCGAGGGGCAUCGCGUGCAUCCACACGCAGAGUGGAGGGAAGCUUGUUCAUGGAAAUGUGAAGGCCUCCAACAUCUUUCUCAACUCCAAGCAUUUUGGCUGUGUGUCUGAUCUCGGGUUAGCAACGGUGAUGAGCCCGGUUGUGGCGCCAGCAACGCGGAGCUCUGGGUACCGAGCACCAGAGAUCACGGACACUAGGAAGGCGUCGCAGGCGUCUGAUGUCUACAGCUUUGGAGUAGUCCUGCUCGAGCUUCUGACUGGGAAAUCUCCGGUUGCUGGGGAGGAGGCAGUCCAUCUCGUUAGAUGGGUUCAUUCUGUUGUUCGGGAGGAAUGGACGGGUGAGGUGUUUGACGUGGAGCUGCUGAGGUAUCCGAAUAUAGAGGAAGAAAUGGUGGCGAUGCUGCAAAUAGGCAUGGCCUGCGUGGCCAGAGUGGCAGCGCAGAGGCCGAAAAUCGAAGAGGUGGUGAGGUUGCUUGAGGACAUUAGAGGAAGAAGCAGCACUCAGUCUGCUGGAACAAGAUCUCCAGCUUCAACUCCGGCUCCAACGCCGCCUCUCACGCAGAUGGGAUCACCUUCCAAUCGUGACUAGAUUCUUGCUUGUAAACUUCUUUAACCACUUUUUUAUUCUUUCACUACUAUUGGUCUUUAAUUAUUAACUUAUCAUUUCGCGGCUAAGUUACAGGUCAUUGCUUAGUUUGUAUUAUUGAUUUUCUUUGACAAUUCGGUACCCAGAGAAUUGUUGACAAAGUUUUCAAUGUUUGUUUAUGUA